AUGCCUAGCUCUCAUUCGCAGCAGCCAAGUGGUGACUUCAAACGGCAGCUCGACCAGGCUCUCGGCUUAACUAACAAUCAUCUGAGCGAAUUAACCGACCGCCUAGAUCUAGACUCUGAAUUCGAUGCUGACACAGAUCAACAGCAGCCGCAAAGCAAAAAAUACCAUGAGCUUGGCCAUCUUGCCCGCCAAUUCUCCAACGUUCUCAGACUGAUCCAAGACCUAGAUAAGGAUCUCUGUGAGAACAUUAUCCUUUGGAUGGAUUGCUUUAGUAUUGAUCCUGUGUUCAUUCACCAGCUUACGCAUCUGGGCGAGUGUACAGAAGAGUGCUCCUGUCCCCCGAAGCAAUGGGAUAUUCAAGAAGUCCGCUUGUGGCUUCGAAAUGCCUUGUCUGAGUUUUACGAGGUAUCUCUAUCCAGCGAGGUUCGUGAAGCUGCUCAGCAGAAAUUCAUGGCCCAUUAUCUACGUGGAGUCGUUGAUAUCGAUACCUCUGUUGCCGGUGGACUUCAGGAAGGGUCCCAAGAACUUUAA